AUGGAGUCGACGGCGGCCAAGGCGAGCAGGUGCCAGAGCCCCAUGCUGACGACAAUAGCGCAUGACGCGGAAGCCCAAGCGAUAACGCGCCUCGUAUCCACCCCUCCUCGGGUCAAGGAAGUGACCAUUGGGAACGAUGUGGACAUUGGACAUGGAGUGAAGAGCAGCGGCCGGCGGCGAUACGCAAGCAAGAGGCAAGGGUCGGCCCGUGAAGGACUCAUGGAGGUAAAUAUCCAAGCAAAAAGGGAAAGGAAAACAUCUGAUAGCAGAGCAUUGAAGCAAACCAACCUACCAACCACCUGUACCAACCAAAAUCCAAAACCCUCGUCAGGAGCUCGGGAGCAGCAGAAACCCGCCCGCCGGCAACAGCAGUCGCCGCCGAUGGGGGUGGACUACUACAAGGUGCUGGGCGUCGGCCGCGGCGCCACCGACGACGAGCUCAAGAAGGCCUACCGCCGCCUCGCCAUGAAGUAUCACCCCGACAAGAACCCCUCGCCGCAGGCCGACACCCUCUUCAAGCAGGUCUCCGAGGCCUACGACGUGCUCAGCGACCCGCAGAAGCGCGCCAUCUACGACCAGUACGGCGAGGAAGGCCUCAAGGCCGGCGCGCCCCCGCCCUCCGCCUCCACGCACGGCCCCGGCGCCGGCGGCGGCCUCCACGGGUUCCGCUUCAACACGAGGAGCGCCGAGGAGAUCUUCUCCGAGAUAUUCGGCGGCGGGUUCGCGGGGGCGGUCCCCCGUACCCCCGGCGGCGGCGUUCCCCCCGGGUUCCCGAUGUUCGGCGGCGCCGCUGGGCCAGGGGAGGCGUCGAGCGCGCCGGUGCAGAGGAAGGCGCCGCCUAUCGAGCGGCCGCUGGCUUGCACCUUGGAGGAACUGUACAAAGGGGCCACUAAGAAGAUGAAGAUCUCCAGGGAUGUCCUUGACGCCGCCGGGAAACCAACAAAUCGUGAGGAGAUCCUGACGAUAGAUAUCAAGCCUGGAUGGAAGAAGGGUACAAAGAUCACCUUUCUUGAUAAAGGCAAUGAGGCUCGUAAUGUUACACCAUCAGAUCUAAUUUUCAUAAUAGAAGAACGGGCACACCCCAGGUUCAAGAGGGAUGGGAACGACCUUAUCUACACUCAUAAGAUCUCUCUAGUAGAGGCAUUGACAGGCUGCACAGUCCAAGUGACGACCCUGGAUGGACGAACCCUGACUAUCCCCGUGAAGUCAGUUGUGAGUCCUACUUAUGAGGAAGUUGUGCAGGGUGAAGGCAUGCCAAUCACAAGGGAGCCGUCUAGAAAGGGGAACUUGAGGAUCAAGUUUCAGAUCAAGUUCCCCACUAGUCUAACAGGUGACCAAAAGGCGGCGAUCCAACAGCUUCUGUCUUGA